AUGGUGGAACACGGAGGACUGGAUAUAAUGUGCUUGAACAAGUACUGCAACAGCUCGUCCUCGUCUUCCACGUCGGAAAGGGAAAAGAAAUUGUUUAAAAAAUGGAGCGUGAACCUCACCGAGAACUACCCCCAGAAAAACGCAGAGAUCCUGAGCAUUCAAUAUGGAACGCAACUACUGUUGAUUGGCGUGUCUCUGAUGUUCGCUCUGGCGAAUGGUGGGCAUUAUGUGGAAGAGGAGCACCUGCUGUCCUUCAUCACGGUCCUGAUGAUUUUGCAGCUUUUGUGGAUGCUCUGGUACGUUGUGCGCAAGGACAGACAGAGGAGCCUGGUGUCAGAGAAGGAUGCGCACGCUUCAACGAGUUGGAUUAGAGGUGGGCUGACACUACUCGCAUUGCUGUCACUCAUCAUGGAUGCUUUCCGGAUCGGUUACUUUGUGGGAUAUCAAUUGUGCAUAUCUGCAGUGGUCGUCGUUUAUCCUAUCGUCCACGCAGUCCACACAGUUUCUCAGGUGCAUUUUCUGUGGUUCCAUAUCAAAGAUGUUAUCAAGAGGUACAAGACUUUUGAAAGGUUCGGCGUGAUUCAUGCCGUCUUCACAAACCUGCUGCUGUGGUGCAACGGCGUGAUGUCAGAGUCCGAGCACUUCAUGUCCAAUCAUAAGAGGCGACUCUCAUCCCUGGGCUUUCUCAACCACUCCUCCACACAUCAUAAAGAAUCUGAGCCCGACUGCAACUGCACCACCAGCGCCUGCUCCAUGUUCUCCAGCGGCGUCUACUACCUCUACCCCUUCAACAUCGAGUACCACAUCUUCGUCUCGGCCAUGCUCUUCGUCAUGUGGAAGAACAUCGGCCGCACCAUCGACCACCACGCCAACCGAAAGAGGCCCACCACCCGCACCACGGGCCUGAUCUUCGGGCCCAUCCUCGGCCUGCUGGCCGUGGCCAGCACCAUCGGCAUCCUGGUGGUCUACAGCAUCCACGUGGAGAAGUCCCUGGAGAUGCGCGAGUCGGCCAUCUUGAUGUUCUACUGCUACGGCAUCGUCAUCCUGGCGCUGAUGUGCGCCGCCGGCGCCACGGGCCUGGUGAUCUACCGGAUCGAGGGCCUGUCCAUGGACACACACAAGAACCCGUCCCGGCAGCUGGACGCCGAGGUUCUGCUGGGCUCGUCCAUCGGGUCGUGGCUGAUGUCGUGGUGCAGCGUGAUAGCGGUGGCGGUGACCCACAGCAACCCGCAGUACCGCUGGUGCAGCCUGGUCUACUCCGUCCUGGUGGUGCUGGAGAAGUAUGUGCAGAACCUCUUCAUCAUCGAGUCGCUGUACCGCAAGAGGGAGGACGACGACGAUGGCACAAGUUCCGCCGGCACCGGUAGCACCGCCACGCCCGAGAUCUUCUCCGUGGCAGGUUCCAUGGGCCCGCCGUACGACGGCAUCAUCAACCGGGCGUACGACGGGCAGGACAAGUGCUGCGGCGGCGGCAUGGAGAGCGAGCAGGUGGAGAACGGGCAGGUGUACGGCGGCAACAGGAAGCCCUCGGAGGUGCCACUUCCUGUGGGCGAGAGCAUGGACGAGAGGCCCAGCAAGAAGAGGCAGAUCCUGAAGAACAUCGCCGUCUUCCUCUUCAUGUGUAACAUCUCACUUUGGAUUCUGCCUGCGUUCGGCUGCCGACCUCAGUACGACAACGGUCUGGAGCAGGAGACCUUUGGCUUCGCCAUAUGGACCACUGUCCUCAACUUCGCCAUCCCCCUCACUCUUUUCUACAGAAUGCACUCUGUUGCUUCUCUCUUUGAAGUCUUCAGGAAGGUCUGA